UCAGCUCCAGACCUCCAACAGAACUUGUCGACUUUUAAUUGAAGAAAACUCGGCAGGUGCUGCAAAUUUUUGCCGCUAAGAAAUUAAUAGCAAAAGGAAAUAGCUGUGAUUAAAAUACGGUCAAGUUUCGGUUUCGCUAAAAUUUUAUUACACGGUUAGUUUAAAAAAUGAAAAGAUCGAUUGGAAUUUUGGUUUCGUUGACUUUCGCUCUAACAGCUGCUCGUCCUAGUCAAGAAACAACAACCGAAAUUUCCGACGAAGCAGAAACCGAAAAACAGUUCAAAGAAAAUGCCCUGAGCAAUGCUGAUGGCGAACAUCCUCUUUUCUCGGGAUACGAAGAAGGCUAUCCAAAUUACCAGCAACUCGCUGAGUAUGGUCAGCAAGGAACAGGAUAUGGCGGCCACGGUCCAGAGGCCGUCGGCGUGACCGGCGAUGUCUUGAAGCCAGCAAACAACGCUGGGUGGAAUGGAGGAGGUCUCUCAUCGCAAGUUUUCCCCGAGGAAAGUCAAGAGCCGUUUAAUCUUCUACCUCCAACCCAUCAGCAAGCGUUGGCCCCAUUAUUCCAAAAUCACGAAUCCUCGCCACCUUUCCCACCGCAACAAGGGUUCCCGUUUUACCCGCAAGAAGAAGCUCCGACAUUUCCAGCAACGCCUGAGACGUCUCCAUUUUUUGAAAACGCAACUCCGUUGGUAGCGCCAACACUUCAGGGAAACCAGACUCUGCAAGAGAACCAAUCAAGUCCCGACUCCCUCAUCGGAUCACUGUGGCAGCUUUUGAAUAACUCUCAAAAAGGGAACGCAACGGCUGGCGGAGCGGGAAGUGGGGCCGUUCAAAACGGCUCAGCCACAGGCUCAGGAACAGGUGUCGCUAACGUCGGAUUUGGUGGGUUUGGCAUUGGCUUGGGAAUCGGAGGUGCAAUUCAGACCCCGCUCGGAAAUUUGGCCUUUGGACAAGGCAGCGGAAUUGCAGUUGGAAGAUAAAGCUCAAUAUUGCCCAGGUGGUUUUUCUCUCAAGAACAUGUUAACUUGUUGACACACGUAUAGACUAACCAAUAAUUGUGUAUACGUGUGUACAAACAAAAGUUGCGAUUGUGGUUGUGGCUUUCUUACUGCUGGUCAUGCGGUCGUCCUCGGUUGAUAAUACCGUGCCCUUGGUCUGUAUAAUGUUUUCAGGGAAAAUACACGACUAAAUAACUGGUCUAAUCUGGUGUCAACUCAUUCUAAUUGGUUAGAUUGAUUAUUUACAAUUAAAAAAUUCUAAUAAUUGUAGGAGAAAUAAUAAUUUGAAAAGUUGCCAAAGAAAGAACAAGGAUGUCAAGAAAACCCCAUCGUUAUAAGUACCGAUUUCUCAACGUUAUAAUAAUUAAUCCCACCCCGCGUAUCCGGGAAAAGAGAAAUUUCCCAGGGCGACCAUUUUGAGUAGCCAAAUGAAUAUGUGUGUCAAUGGUAUUUCCCAGACUUUGACAGACGUCAACUGAUGAGCCCAUUUCCGGAUUUUUAACAAAUGAAUUACGUUACAUAGACAAGCUGAAAGGAGAUCCGCCGAAUAUCACAAUGCGUUUCGAAUCGCAUGUUGUCUGAACAAUAAAUCGUCAGUCGACAGUCCAAUGCAAGGCUAGUUGUUAUAAAUGGACCUUGAGCUAAUAAGAACGCAGUUGCCGUAGUGUCGAGACUCGAGACCGUGUGAGUCACAGUUCUCUCCCCAAAAGAAGACAGGGUUAUUCCUUU